AUGCCUAGAGGAAGGGACAGAUUAACCACAAGGCCUAAACGGACAACUAGAUCAUCUCCAAUAUCUCAUGGUGAUGUAACUGAGGGAAGACCUAUAAUACAUCCAGUUGCUGGUUCAGAAUGCCAGAAUGUGAGCUUGAUUCGGGAAUUUAAAGCAUUGAAUCCUCCAAGCUUUUGGGGUGGCCCUAAUUUUCUUGAAGCUGAGAAUUGGAUGAAAGAAAUAAAGAAAAUACUGGAUGUAAUGGCAGUGCCUGAGGAAAGGAGAGUUUCUUUAGCUUCCUUCAUGUUGAGGGAUGAAGCAGACAACUGGUGGGAUAUGAUCAAGACUACUCAGGAUGUAACUAAAAUGGUUUGGAUGCAAUUUGAGGAGCUGCUUUUAUCUAAUUACUUUCCAGAGGCCGUUAGAAGACAGAAGAGAGCUGAAUUUAUACACUUGGUUCAAAGGAACAUGACAGUGACUGAAUAUGCAGCAAAAUUUACACAACUAUCUAGAUAUGCUCCAAAUGUGGUUGCAGAUGAACAAAUGCGAGCUGAACAAUUCCAAGAGGGGUUGAGAUUGAACAUUAGAGCACAGGUUGCUCCUUUCAUGCUUCGUACUUAUAGUGAGGUUGUGGCAAGGGCUCUUGUUAUAGAAAGGGAAAUGGAGGAAGCUCAAAGGUUGAGAAGCAAAAAUUCUAGGUUUGGUGGUUCAGAAAAACGAGAACAGGAUUUCAAGCGCCUGAAAAUGACUCAUCCCCAACAACAACCCAGAAAACAAGAGCAGUAUAGUGGGGCUACAGAUUCAGCUAAGGGACCAAGGAGAUGUUAUGAAUGUGGUGAGGUGGGACAUUUGAGGAGAGAGUGCCCAAAAUUUCAACGACUUGCAUUCCAGCCAUCUCAACGACAGUUUCAGCAGAUGAACCCACGAAUUCAAGGAAGGCAACCUCAAGGGGAAGGAAACUUUAGACAAGGGAAGCCUGGAGGGAAGCCAGAGCAAGCACAACAAGGGAGAUUUUAUGCAAUGGGGUCACAAAAUGCAGAGUCAAAUGCCUUGGUGGAAGGUAUGCUCUUAUGUUUUAGCACUUGGGCACAUGUUUUAUUUGAUCCAGGAGCUACCCACUCUUUUAUUUCUGCAUCAUUUGCCUCCAUGCUAGACAUAGAAUUUGUUCCCCUACAUUGUUCAUUAUGUGUUGAGACUCCUAUGGGUGGUAAGGUGGAAACCAAGUGGGUAUGUCAUGCUUGUGUACUUUAUAUUGGGGGUCUUGAAGUUACAAUGGAUCUGGUUCUUCUUGAUAUUUCAUCGUUUGAUGUAAUUGUGGGGAUGGAUUGGCUUGCCCGACAUCAUGCUGUGUUAGAUUGUUAUUUGAAGAAAGUAACAUUCCACACCUCUUCUGGUUCAUAUAUGAGUUUCUAUGGUGAUAGAAGGCUUACAUUUAUUCCUCUAAUUCGAAACCUGGAUGACAAAAUUGCCAUGUUACCUCCUCACAGAGAGAUGGAUUUUUCUAUUGAAUUGUAUCCAGGUACAGAUCCAAUAUCAAUAGCUCCAUAUAGGAUGGCUCCAGUUGAACUUAAGGAAUUGAACAUUCAGUUGCAGGAGUUGCAAACUAAAGGGUUUAUUCGGCCUAGUACCUCACCUUGGGGUGCUCCAGUAUUGUUUGUAAAGAAGAAGGAUGGAUCCUUGCGGUUAUGUGUGGAUUACAGAAAAUUGAACAGAGUUACAGUGAAAAACAAAUAUCCGCUACCUCGGAUUGAUGACUUAUUUGACCAGUUAUGUGGGGCUUGCUAUUUUUCAAAGAUUGAUUUAAGAUCUGGUUAUCAUCAGUUGAGGAUACGAGAAACAGAUAUUCCAAAGACUGCAUUUCGUACAAGGUAUGGGAAUUAUGAAUUUGUGGUCAUGCCGUUUGGGUUAACCAAUGCUCCAGCUGCAUUCAUGGACAUCAUGAAUCGUAUCUAUCGGCCUUAUUUGGAUCAUUUUGUGGUGGUAUUUGUGGAUGAUAUUUUGAUAUAUUCUAAGAGUAGAGAAGAGCACGGUCAUCAUUUGCAUAUGGCACUUCAAACACUUAGAGAAAACCAAUUAUAUGCCAAAUUGGAGAAAUGUAACUUUUGGCUGCAGGAAAUUCAAUUUUUGGGGCACAUGGUUUCUCAAGAGGGUAUCUCAGUGGAUCCAACAAAAGUGGAAGCUGUGACAAAGUGGGAAAGCCCCAAGAAUGUUUUUGAAGUACGUAGUUUUCUUGGGCUAGCUGGGUACUACAGAAGGUUUGUUGAAAACUUUUCUCGAAUUGCUUGCCCAAUGACUAGAUUGACACGCAAGGGAGUGAACUUUGAUUGGAAUGAUAGGUGUGAAGAAUCCUUUCAAGAACUAAAAAGGAGACUAACAACAGCGCCGGUGCUAAUUACUCCUAUUAGUGGCGAAAGAUAUACAGUUUAUUGUGAUGCUUCAAAAAAUGGCUUGGGAUGUGUUUUGAUGCAAAGAGGAAGAGUGGUUGCUUAUGCUUCUAGGCAAUUGAAGAACCAUGAGCAGAACUAUCCUACACAUGAUCUUGAACUCACAGCAUUGGGACAGCUUUCUAGUUCAUCUUCCCUAGUUUAUCUUCAGGAGUGCGCAGCACCAGCAGAUCAGAAGACCAUCACUGCACAUUCAUUUUGGAUUAUUCAUCAUUCAUUUUUUGGUGAGGAGCUAUCACCGACUUUGGAGGGCAAUAUCGAGAGGGUUCUGGACUUUUCUUUGAAGAGGAGAUCAUCAUACACCGAGGGAGAAUUCUGGACGUUCUGGGCUUUGAUCUUUUCGCCGGAAAAGAAAGAAACAGAGAGGGGAGGAUCAAUCUUGAGAGAGGAGAAGUUUACAUCUAGGAGUGAGGGGACCGCAUCACGAAUUCUGGAGGGAUCUUUUGGCCGGAAAAGAAAGAAACAGAUAGGGGAGGGUCGAUUGAGAGAGGAGAAAUUUUCAUCUAGGCUUGAGGGGACUGCGUCACGGAUCCAGUUGGAGGAGAUCACUGCUAUCGACCAUGAUCACCAGUUCCGAGUGGAGGAGAUUGGCACAGCAACAGUCUCCGGCAGAAGCAAGAUUUCUGUCGGCAUCACCCCUAUUGCAUUUGAGAGAGAGGUGCUAAAGCCAUGA